AUGCUUGAAUACAGCCAUUAUCAGUCCCACCUGGAGAGCCCCGGUAAAUACCACCUCCAGCAGGCCCAGAGGCAGCAGGUGCGUCAGUAUCUGUCCACAACACCGGGGGGGAAGAUAGGCAGCCAGUGUCCCGGACAGCCCCCCGAACACGGCAUGCCCCCAGGACCAGGCAGCAGCGCCCCCAACAGCCCCAUGGCCCUGCUGACGCUGGGCUCCAACUGCGAGAAAGAGAUGGACGACGUCAUUGACGAUAUUAUCAGCCUUGAGACAAGUUAUAACGAUGAAGUAAUGGGACUCAUGGACGCUGGAAUCCAGAUGAACAAUGGGAUUCCUAUCUCAAAUAAUAUGUUGGAUGUGUAUGGUAACCAAGGACUCCCUCUACCAGGACUCGCAGUCAGUAACUCCUGCCCACCCAACCUCAAAAGGGAAUACUCAACUCCUGGCAUGAAGCAAGCACUGGACAAGACCUGUGGCCACUAUGAAAACUAUCAACGGCAAGAGGGCUUCCCAGUCGAAGCUGAAGUCCGUGCUUUGGCGAAAGAAAGGCAGAAGAAAGACAACCACAAUCUAAUUGAGAGAAGGCGUCGAUUUAACAUCAACGACCGCAUCAAAGAACUGGGGACAUUGAUACCAAAAUCCAAUGAUCCGGACAUGCGCUGGAAUAAGGGCACCAUACUCAAAGCCUCUGUGGACUAUAUUCGCAAACUGCAGAGAGAUCAGCAGAGGGCCAAAGACCUGGAGUGUCGCCAGAGGAAGAUCGAGCACACAAACCGCCAUCUUCUUCUCAGAAUACAGGAGCUGGAGAUGCAGGCGCGUGCCCAUGGCCUCACACUCGUCCCCACUCCCUCCGUGUGCACCUCUGAGCUGGUUGCCCGGGCCAUUAAACAGGAACCCGUGCUGGGAGACUGUCCCUCUGACCUGUACCAGUCCUCCAGCCCCGAUAUGUCCCCACACACCACACUGGACCUCAACAACGGCACUAUCUCCUUCGACCGGGCUCCGUCAGAGGAGAGCAGCUCAUACCACAGCCCACACAUGUCCCCUAUGUCCCCAGAGCAAAACAGCUCCACGGCACAGGACAAGGACCAGAGCUGUUAG